AUGGUAGAGCUACUGCUUAAUAAGGGCGCGGAUGUCAACGCGCAGGGUGGCAGAUACGGCAACGUACUCUGCGCGGCUGCAGCACAUAACAAAGAGAUGGUGGAGCUACUGCUUAAUAAGGGCGCGGAUGUCAACGCGCAGGGUGGAACAUACGGCAACGCCCUCCAGGAGGCUGCAGGUAGAGGUUAUAAGGAGAUAGUAGAGCUACUGCUUAGCAAGGGCGCGGAUGUUAACGCGCAGUGCGGAUUCGACGGCAACGCACUCUGGGCGGCUGCAGCUAAAGGCCAUAAAGAGAUAGUAGAGGUACUACUUAGCAAGGGCGCGGAUAUUAACGCGCAGGGCGGAGAGCACGGUAACGCACUUCAGGCGGCUGCA